CGCUGGAGAUGAUGACGUUAUAAAGGGGAUCCUGUCGGAGCCCAAGUUUAAAGAGAUUUGUAAAGAACAGCUUGACCCCAUCACAGAAAAGCUAAAAGUCGAUGAUAUUGCAACGAAAUUGCUGAAUCUUUUCCUGGAGCUGUCAAUAGCUACACCAAUAGAUGAUAAAUAUUUCAUACCAGCUCUCCUUCCAAUGAGAGAUGUUACAGGUAUCAAUCCUUUUAAUGAUCGUGAGCCAUUGCUGUUUUACUUCAAGAAGGCUACCCCGAUGGGCCUUUUCUGCUCUGUUGUUACUCAUCUUCUUUCCAGGCCUUGCUACGAAAUCGCUUCGACAAAAAUUGACAAUUUCUCAAAUUAUAUCAAAAUAAUUCAUGAGGAGUUGUGGUAUCGUGUUGUUCUAGUUGAACAGAUCAAUUGUAUUGAAGUCCAUUGUGAGGAAGAAAGCAUUGAAUGCAGUGUAAAGAAAGAUGUAAGAGAAGCAAUCACUUCUGCAGCUGAAAAACACAAUCUCAGUGAGAGUCAUAGGAAUCCUGAGAUCCGGUUUUAUUGUUCAUGUGAGUGUGGUCCUGCUGGAGGAGGUGUGGCUAAGGGGGAGAAGCAUACGGUAAUAGUUAAUGAGGAACGAUGGAUCUUUAGAUCACUGAAACAGAAGAAAUCUACAAAUGUGAUGAGAAGAUAAAGUGGAAGUCCUGGCUUAGUAAGACUGGAGGGAGGAGCCCAGUGACUCCAUUACCAGUACAGGAAGACAGUUACAUUGCAGAAGAAGAAGAAGAAGAGAAACUAUCAAAGAAAGAUGAAGAUGAAGGAGGAGGAGGAGGAGGAGUUCAACAGAGAAUUAAAAAUUUAGACCCACUCCAACCACAGCAGAAGCAGUUUUCUCCUCAUGUGCUUAAAAAGGACUCAUUGCUAGGGUCUUAUGAUGGACAAAGACACAUGCUUAUUCUGAUAUACACUGUUUUCUUCUUUUUUAUUAUUUAUACCUCCAGUUGUGGACAAGGAAGUUUUAUUGCUCCUCUUCCUGGCAUUAAAGUUAGCAGAAGUACCAAUGUUGUUGUACCUGGUGGUAUAUCAAGUACAUUGUAUUUAGAAGAAUUUGGUCUCGUCAUUGUUUCUCCUCCUGAUGCUCUUCCAGCUGGUUUAUUUUUUGUAAUUAAUGUUCGUUUGAGCGUAGCUGGCCCUUACCUUUAUCCUGAUCCAGAUAAUCACACUAUGGUACCUGCCAGUCCUGUGUAUUGGUUGUCCAGCAGUAAGAAGCUCCUUAACCCUUUACAGUUGGGAAUACGUCAUUAUACUAGUGAAAAGGCAGUUCUUAAAGUUUAUUCAGCUGGAGACAGUCAAAGGGAUGCGUUUUACAUUUUUGAGGAGGUUUCUAAUGUCACUGUCAGUAGAGAUUAUGUCUACUUUUCAGUUGACCACUUCAGUGGUUAUACAUUAAAUAGUACUGAAACUACAUUUUGUGGGACACUGUAUUUUCAGAGAUCUUCUACUAAUUACCAAUGGGACUACAACUAUGUGAUGCAUAAAUGCUCGUCAAGACAUAAUUUUGACAUCGAAAAUUGGAUAGUGGAAAUUAAGAAUCAUGGUAUAAUCUUUGACAAAAAUAGUGAAGAAAUAGAACUUGAUAUAGAUUCCAACCCUUCGAAUGAUUGGGAAGCUGCACAGAAACUUGAUUUGGUUUAUACAAUGGAUGAUUUGUUAAGUGAAAAUGUUACAAGUAAUAUGCAGUUUUCACUGCAGUGGAAAGGAGGCUGGCAUCUACCUCCAGCUACAGAAAAUUUGUAUUUUUCCUUGAAAGGUGCUCUGAGGCCAAAAAGGAUCAAAGUGACAACACAAUCAAUUAGUUACUGGGAACACUAUAAGGAUAUCAUCAUUGUAUUUGUAGUUUUAUUUAUUAUAAUUUUUAUGCUUUUUAUAGCAAAGUAUUACCCAGAUUAUCAUAAAGGAACAAUAGGAAAUUUGUUGUUUCUUUUAAAAGUCGUGUUAUUUGCAUUAGUGAUGUAUUUAUUGUCUCAUUUUGUUCCUGAAAUCGUAAGUAAUCCUUUAAUGGCGCUAUGGACUAAAUUAGUUGGUUCAUCAUGAAAGAAAACAAUAAUACAUGUAUGAUCUUUUUAAAUUUGUUUAUAAUUAUUUA